UUCAUUCAUUCUGCAAACAUACCAUUUUGUGUGUUGGUACUAGACUAGAUACACUGUUGGUACAGUAAGUUGCUUUCAUUCAUUCCGCAAACAGACCAUUUUGUGUGUUAGUACUAAACUAGCUACACUGUUGAUACACUACAACAUGACCAUGAGAGCCGUCACCAUCAAAAAGUUUGGAGGUCCAGAGGAGCUGGCACUGGAGACUGUGGCCGUACCAACACCCAAGGAAGGGGAGGUUUUGAUCAGGGUUCACGCCAUUGGUGUGAACCCCGUGGACACCAUCAUACGCCAGGGGUGGUUCGGUCCCAGGACGUUUCCUUUCAUCCUCGGCAUGGACGUGGCUGGGGUCAUAGAGAAAGUUGGUCCAGGAGUCAAAGGUUACAAGGCAGGUGACCGUGUGUACACAUUUGACACCGUCAGUGGCGGCUAUGCUGAGUUCGCCGUUGCCUCGGUAACCAGAAUCGGCCGUUUUGACAACAAGCUGAGUUUCGCACAAGGGGCGGCACUGGGAGUUCCCUACCACACGGCGUGGAAGUCUUUGUACUUCAGAGCUCAAGCCAAGAAAGAGGAAACAAUUCUGAUACACGGGGCUAGUGGGGCGGUGAGUAUAUGGGGGGGCAGUGGGGCG